UGAGUUCACAGUGGGGAGAGGCCGUUCACCUGCUCUGUGUGAGGGAGGGGAACUACUCAGUCAACCAGCCUGAAGAUACAUCAGCAAGUUCACACCACAGUGAGAUGCUCCACCUGUUCUGACAGCAGGAAGCAAUUCAUUCUGUCGUCGGUGCUAAAUAUACAUCUGAAAAUUCCCCAGUGAGAAGACAGUAACCUGUUUACAUGGUGGGAAGGUAUUCACACACUAAACCAUGCCACAGUGACACCAGCAAGUUCAUAACGGGGAGAGGCCAAUCACCUGCUCUGUGUGCGAAAGGAUUCACUGAAUCAUCUCAACUGAAUGAACACCAGUGAGUUCACACUGAAAAGAUGUUGUUCACCUGCUUAGACUGUGGGAAGGGAUUCACUCGUUCAUCCACACUACAGAGACACCAGCGAGUUCACACCGGGGAGAGGCCAUUCACUUGCUCUGAAUGUGGGAAGGGAUUCAGUGACUCAUCCAAACUUGUGAGACACUACCGAGUUCACACUGGGGAGAGGCCGUUCACUUGCUCUGAAUGUGGGAAAGGAUUUGCUCGGUCAUAUCAACUGACUGAACAUCAGCGAGUUCACACUGGGGAGAAACCGUUCAGCUGCUUUCAAUGUGGCAAGGGGUUCACCCAAUCAACUCAUCUGAAAGUACAUCAGCGAAUUCACACUGGGGAGAAACCGUUCAGCUGCUCUGAAUGUGGGAAGGGAUUCACUGAUUCAUCCCACCUUGUGAAGCACUGCCGAAUUCACACUGGGGAGAAGCCAUUCACGUGCUGUGAAUGUGGGAAGGGAUUCACUGACUCAUCCCACCUUGUGAAGCACUGCCGAAUUCACACUGGGGAGAAGCCAUUCACAUGCUCUGAAUGUGGGAAGGGAUUCACUGACUCAUCCCACCUUGUGAAGCACUGCCGAAUUUACACUGGGGAGAAGCCAUUCACAUGCUCUGAAUGUGGGAAGGGAUUCACUCAGUCGUCUCAUCUGAAUGUACAUCAGCGAAUUCACACUGGGGAGAAACCGUUCAGCUGCUCUGAAUGUAGGAAGGGAUUCGCUGAUUCAUACUCCCUUGUGAAGCACUGCUGAAUUCACACUGGGGAGAAGCCAUUCACGUGCUGUGAAUGUGGGAAGGGAUUCACUGACUCAUCCCACCUUGUGAAGCACUGCCGAAUUCACACUGGGGAGAAGCCGUUCACGUGCUGUGAAUGUGGGAAGGGGUUCACUGCGUCAUCCAACCUGGUGAGGCACUGCCGAACUCACACUGGGGAGAAACCGUUCACCUGCUCAGAUUGUGGAAAGGGAUUCACUCGGUCAUCAGGCUUCAAAGUCCAUCAGCGAGUUCACACUGGGCGAUGCCAGUCACCUGUUCUGAUUGUGGGAAUGAAUUCGCUCAGACAUCUCAACUGACUGAACAUCAACUGCUCAGAGUGUGGGAAGGCAUUCACACACUGAUCCACACUGCAGAGACAGUGGUGGGUUCACACUGUGGGGAGGGUGGUCACCUGCUCAGACUGUGGGAAGGCAUUCACACACUGAUCCACACUGCAGAGACAGUGGUGGGUUCACACUGUGGUGAGGGUGGUCACCUGCUCUGACUGGGAUGGGUUUCAAUCAGUCAUUCAUCCUUGUGUCCCCGUACCGAGCUUUGACCCAACGUGAAUUGGAGAGAUCAGAAGCUUGAGAGGACGCAAUUCACUCAGGUUCACCAAUGGUGUAUUAAAGGCAGUGGUUCAGGGCAGGUUAUUUUUGAGCUUUCAACAGUGGCCACUCCACAGUCAGGAUGGAUUAUCAAGGAAACCUUUAUUAGCAGGAGCAAGUGGAGCGGUCACUGAUGGAGUGGACAGAGUUGGAGCGGAGACUUUGAGGCUUUAAUUCUUUAAUUCAGUGGGGAGAGCAGUCAGUCAGAGAAGGCAAAAUCAUGAUGGAGGUAGAAUUAUUUUUGCCCCUUUACAUUUUCUUAGUUGAAACAGUGGAGAUGACAGGCAGGGUGCUGGAAAGCUGCUUUGUGGGAUGUGGGAAGGCCGGGGACCCUCCUGUGUCCCUGAUAACUACACCUGUGAGAAGGGCAUCCAGCUUCAGCUCCGAACAAUCCAAAUUACGGAGUUGCAGCUGGAACUGGAUGAACUCCAGAUCAUUCAGGAGGCUGAAGGGGUGAUAGGUAGGACAUUUGAGAGGUAUUUGCACCCAAGGUGCACGGCACAGGGAACUGGGUGACAGUGAGGAAGAAACUGGACUCUCUGUUUCCCCCUGUGCCCAUCCCUCUGAACAACACAGGUAUCACUUUAGGUACAGUCGGGGAUGGUGGGAUGACCUGGCAAAGAAAAGUCACAGCAAUAGGGUCUCUGGCACUGAGCAUGGCUCUGAGACUGAGAAGGGAAGGGAGGAGAAGAGGCGAGCUGUGUUGAUACGUGGCUUGUUAGCUCAGGGAACUGACAGGAUGUACUGUAGGUGAGAAUGAAAUUCCAGGAUGGUGUGUUCCCUCCUGCA